AUCACGUUUUUACCCCCUUUUCUCUUGGAUCUAUCCUUUCCUAUGAGCAGAGCAGAGGCCGUUUCUCUUUCACCGCCUCACGCCGCCGCAUAAAGUAGAGGGGAUCCACCGUCUUCCCAGUUCCGCUGCCCUGCGUUUUCUCCAACCAUUUGUGUGGAGUGCUUCAUGUUAUAUAUAUAUUCACAUUACAUUUCUUCUCUUCGAAGAAAAACCCUAGUCGCUGGCCAUGGCGGAUGUGAACAAUGUCAAGAUUAGCAAAGGGGAGGCAAUACUAAACAAGAAUAUCCCUGAGGAUAUCAUUCCGGACAUACUUUCGAGGAUUCCGGUCAAGCCUCUUCUAAGAUUCAGGUGCGUAUGCAAAUCAUGGUGUGCUCUUAUAAUCGAUCCUGCUUUUGUAAAAAUGCAUCUCAGCCGAUCCCUUUCAAGCAACAACUACGUCGGCCUCAUUUUGAGUAACGGCUUUUUCUAUGCCGUCGACUUAGAUUCUUCCGAACCACAAGCGUUGGUACAACUCGAUCAUCAGCCUGACAAGUUUCAAAACUAUGUAACCGAUAUAGUGGGUUCUUGCAACGGCUUACUCUGUGUAUACAAUAAUGACCAUGAGGAGGACAUAUUCCUCUGGAAUCCUUCUACCAGAAGGCAUCAAAAACUACCCAUUAAUCCUAUAAAGUCUUCUUCCCUCGCACAGUUCGUUGUUUACGGAUUCGGUUACGAACCCAUCACUGACGAUUACAAGGUUGUGAGGGUUGUAGAUUCUUUUAGUAAAGAGGUAGAGGUGAACGUCUACUCACUUAGCACUAAUUCAUGGAGAAGGGUUGGAGACAUGCCUGUCCACAUAAACGCGGAAGGCGACCAUUACGUGUCUGGGGUUCUUGUAAAUUCUGCACUUCAUUGGAUUGCAAAGGGCAAGACGCCCUAUAUUAUCAUUUCCUUUGACCUUCAAGAUGAGAAGUAUCGAGAGGUAGCACUGCCCGACUCUGUGGACGAUAAAAUUUUCAUGACUCUUGGGGUUCUUGGAGGACAACUCUGCGUAGUCUGUGAGUUCUGGAGUCUUGAGUUUUGGGUGAUGAAGGAUUAUGGCGUGAGGGACUCUUGGGUGAAACAGUUCUCGAUGGAAGAACACCCGCUCGUAAACUCUGCGUUCAUCAGGCCUAUAUGCUAUUCAAAGAAUGGUGAAGUUAUACUCGAGGUGGAUAUAGAUGUGCUGGUAGCGUAUGAUCCCCAUAGACGAAGGUCUAGGGAUCUUAUUAGUGUUCAAGAUGGGAUUCAAACAGAGAUCUACAUUGGGAGUCUCGUUCCAGUCAAUGCCAAAGAUGGUACUGAAGAAGCAGGAACAAAAAAAGAAGAGGUAGCAGAGGAAGAAAAAGAAUCGGGAGUAGAGAUACAAGAACUCAGGAAGACAUUACUGCUCAUAGGAGAUUUUGAGAGCCUUCAGACACCUAACUCCAAUAAUGGGAUUGUUGAGGAGAAAGUGCUUCUCAUGGGAGACCAUUGGGGUUGGGACAUUAUAUCGCCGGCCAUGGCGGAUUUCAACGUCAAGAUUAGCAAAGUGGAGGCAAUGCUAAACAAGAAUCUCCCUGAGGAAGUCAUCGCCGACAUACUUUCGAGGCUUCCGGCCAAGUAUCUUCUAAGAUUCAAGUCCGUAUGCAAAUCCUGGUAUGCUCUUACAAUCGAUCCUUCUUUUGUCAAAAUGCAUCUCAGCCGAUCCCUUGCAAGCAAUGCCUACCUCAGCCUCAUUUUGAGUGAUUGCUCUCUCUAUUCUGUCGACUUAGAUUCUUCUGAACCACAAGAGUUGGUAAAACUCGAUCAUCAGCCUAAGUUUCUAAACGAUGUAACCGAGAUAAUGGGUUCUUGCAACGGCUUACUCUGUAUAUACAACAGUGAAGAUAUAUUCCUCUGGAACCCUUCUACCAGAAGGCAUCUUAAACUACCCAUUAAUCCUACUUCUAACUUGGCACGUUUCGUUCUUUACGGAUUUGGUUACGACCCCAUCACCGAGGAUUACAAGGUUGUAAGGGUUGUAGAUUUUGAUGAAGAGGUAGAGGUGAAGGUUUACUCACUUAGCACCAACUCAUGGAGAAGGAUUGCAGACAUGCCCUUCCGCAUAAAUCAUUGCGAUAGCGACCAUCAGAUAUUUGGGGUUCUUGUAAAUUCUGCUCUUCAUUGGGUUGCACAGUCUCAGACGGUGUCCAAUUUUAUCGUUUCCUUUGAUCUUCAAGAUGAGGAGUGGCGAGAGGUGCCAUUGCCUGAUUUUGUGGACGAUAAGUUUUACAUGACUGUUAGGGUUCUUGGAGGACAACUCUGUUUGGUCUGUGAGUUCUGGAGGGACCGUUUUGAUUUUUGGGUGAUGAAGGAUUACGGCGUGAGAGACUCUUGGGUGAAACAGUUCUCGAUCAAGCAACAGUUGCUGGAAAAUUGUGGGUUCAUCAGGCCUAUAUGCUAUUCAAAGAAUGGUGAAGUUAUACUCGAGAUGAAUGAUGAUGUGCUGAUUGGGUAUGACACCCGUAGACGAAGGUCUAGGGAUCUUAUUAGUGUUCAAGAUUAUAUUCAAACGGAGAUUUACAUUGAGAGUCUCAUUCCACUCAAUAUGAAAGAUGGUACUGAAGAAGCAGAAGAAGAGGAAGAAGAGGAAGAAGAGGAAGAAGAGGAAGAAGAAGAAGAAGAGGAAGAAGAGGAAGCAGAGGAAGAGAAAGAAGAGGAAGCAGAGGUUGUAGCUCAAAGUCAGCCGACCCAGUUAACCCCAUUAGACUACCACAAGCUAAAAGAGGGGGUAGAGGAUCUCAUCAUCUGUGAUGGUAGCUACGAUCCAGAUUUAGUCAUAGGGUCAUCACAAGAAUCCGAGUUGCAGGGAAUGCUUCAAGGGGUGCGCCGAGCUAAGCAAUAUGGAUGAAAACUUUGACAAUAUGGUCUGAUUGCAAGCAGCUGGUUACUUGGCUCUCAUAGGGAACAAAGGAAAAUUGGCCUUGGAAUAUCUUUAAUCUAUUUUGGGAAAGAGCAAUCUUCUUACCCAUGCUGAUAGAAAUAUCUUAGUAAAAUCUGUCCUUAGCUCAGUCCCAAUCUAUUUCAUGACCUGUUUUCUUUUUGCAAAACCAGUGUAUAAACAAUUGGAUUCAAUUAAUGCUAACUUUUUGGAAAGGCAAUCAGAAACC